AUCGAGGGAUCAUUCAGAUCGGAGAUGUCGGAUGUUUCCGCUGACGGAGGUUUGUCGGCGUCGUCGGCUGAGACGCCUGCGGUUCCAGCGCCGUAUCCGUAUCCGUCGCUGACGGUGUCGGCGUCUUACAAGGAGAGCAGCGGCGGAGGAGGGAAAAGUUCGUCGAGGAGGAGACCGAUAAGGCCUAGCUUCGACGCUGCCGCCGACAAUGAGUUCAUCACUCUGCUCCAUGGCUCGGAUCCAGUGAAGGUGGAGCUUAAUCGGCUUGAGAAUGAAGUUCGAGAUAAGGAUCGAGAAUUAAGCGAAGCACACGCCGAGAUUAAAGCGUUGAGGCUAUCUGAGAGACAAAGAGAGAAAGCUGUUGAGGAGCUUACCGAUGAGCUAACUAAGCUGGAGGCGAAGCUCAAGUUGACUGAAUCGCUUCUCGAGAGCAAAAAUCUAGAAAUCAAGAAGAUCAAUGAAGAGAAGAAAGCCUCCAUGGCUGCUCAGUUUGCUGCUGAAGCCACCUUAAGAAGGGUCCAUGCUGCUCAAAAAGAUGAUGACAUGCCUCCGAUUGAAGCCAUUCUAGCUCCAUUAGAAGCUGAGCUUAAGCUUGCACGCUCCGAGAUUGGGAAGCUUCAAGAAGAUAACAGAGCCUUGGAUCGUCUCACUAAAUCAAAAGAAGCGGCUUUACUUGAUGCUGAGAGGACUGUUCAAACUGCACUUGCAAAAGCUGCUUUAGUUGAUGAUCUUCAGAAUAAGAACCAAGAGUUGAUGAAACAAAUUGAAAUCUGUCAGGAAGAAAACAAGAUUCUAGACAGAAUGCACAGGCAAAAGGUCGCUGAGGUGGAAAAGCUUACCCAGACUGUGCGAGAGCUUGAAGAGGCUGUUCUUGCUGGUGGUGCUGCUGCGAAUGCCGUGAGGGAUUACCAGCGGAAGUUUCAAGAGAUGAAUGAAGAAAGAAAAACUCUUGACCGAGAACUUGCGCGUGCAAAGGUUACAGCAAACAGAGUUGCGACUGUGGUUGCAAAUGAGUGGAAAGAUGGUAAUGAUAAAGUGAUGCCUGUGAAGCAAUGGCUUGAAGAAAGAAGGUUUCUACAGGGAGAAAUGCAGCAGCUCCGCGAUAAGCUUGCUAUAUCAGACCGAGCUGCGAAAUCUGAAGCACAGCUAAAAGACAAGUUUCAACUACGGCUUAAAGUGCUUGAAGAGACGCUGAGAGGGACUUCAAGCAGCAGUGUAAGGAACACACCUGAGGGAAGAAGCAUGAGUAAUGGACCCUCUCGCAGGCAGUCACUUGGUGGAUCUGAUAAUUUACAAAAGUUUGCAUCGAAUGGCUUUUUGUCAAAGAAAACUCCAGCUUCUCUGAGAAAUUCCUUUACUUCUAACUCCACAUCGGUACUGAAGAAUGCUAAAGGAACAUCAAAGUCGUUUGAUGGAGGCACGAGAUCACUGGAUAGAGGCAAAGCACUCUUGAACGGACCUGGGAACUAUUCAUUCAACAAGGCUUGUGACGAAGCGAAAGAGCCAGAGUCGCCUGAUGCCUGGAAAGAUGAUUCAGAGGAGAAGCCACCAAGCGAACUCCCUGCGCCAGCAACAACUGAAGACAAUGUCCCUGGGGUUUUGUACGAUUUACUACAGAAGGAAGUAGUUGCCUUGAGAAAAUCUUCGCAUGAAAAAGAUCAAAGCCUCAAAGACAAGGAUGAUGCCAUAGAGAUGCUAGCGAAAAAGGUUGAAACUUUGACAAAAGCAAUGGAGGUUGAAGCAAAGAAGAUGAGAAGGGAAGUAGCUGCGAUGGAGAAAGAGGUUGCUGCUAUGCGUGUGGAUAAAGAUCAAGAUCACAGAGCUAAAAGGUCUUCAAACACCAAGAACCCAUCCAACACUGCCCAGAUUCUUGCUGGAAGAGCUACUGGACGAAGUGGGUUAACGAGGAGCACACAAUGA